AUGAAGAUAAUACUAAAAAACAUUGUGAGGCUGCCUAACUUAUAUAAAAGAAGGCUGACUGAUGUCGACUUUGUUCUCUUUGUGUCAGUUUUGGAAAAAUAUUGUGAUGGCAUAUUGGCUUACGGUGGCCAUUGCUUGGUCGACGGAAUCACGAAAAGGCCAAUAGCCGGUUUCAUGAAUAUUUGUCCGGAUAAGUUUUACGGAGCGGAAAUACGUAAACUCUCAAAAUGGAGAAGCAUUAUCAGGCAUGAGCUCAUUCAUGCACUAGUAUUCUCGCAGGAGCUGUUCCCAAAUUUUCCAGGAGCUGGUGAACCUCAACGGAAAGGGUCAUUCAACAUUGUCCCCAAUGUUACCCAACAAUACAAACGUCUCGAUUGGGAAACAUCAAAAGGACCGGUGAAACACGAUGUCCACAUGGUAGUCACGCCAAAGGUCGUGAAAGAAGCUCGACGGCACUACAACUGUUCCACCUUGGAGGGAGCAGAACUUGAAAACCAGGGUGAAGGGGGAACGCCUGGCAGCCAUUGGGAGAAACGUGUCUUCGAAAAUGAGUUAAUGUCCGGUGUGACUACUGAAGGGCUCGCCCUAACUCGUGUGACGAUGGCAUUAUUCGAAGACUCUGGAUGGUACAAAGUGGACUACGACAAGGCCGAAGAUAUGGAGUGGGGGAAGAAUCUCGGUUGCGCUUUUACCAUGAAGAGUUGCUUGACGUGGAUGAAGAUGAACCCAACAAACCCCUACCCAUUUUAG